AUGUUGUUAACAGAUGAAUGUACUGUUUUACACAGAACCAAGAUGUGGUUAUUCAUUACAGUGGCAUAUUUGUUCCAAGGAACUAUAUCUUUAGAGAAACUCACAAGAAUGAAGAGAGAUCAUGUGGAUCCUGAGGCAUAUAUGAACAUUAGCGAGCUCAUUACCUAUAGAGGGUACCCCAGUGAGGAGUAUGAAGUGGUGACGGAAGAUGGCUAUAUCCUUAGCAUUAACAGAAUCCCUUAUGGAAUAGAAAAUCAGGGGAACACGGUUGUAAAGCCUGCUGUGUUUCUUCAACAUGGAUUACUAGGAGAUGCUAGCAACUGGGUCACAAACCUGGCCAACAAUAGCCUGGGCUUCAUACUAGCAGAUGCUGGCUAUGACGUCUGGAUGGGAAACAGCAGAGGGAACACCUGGUCUAGAAGACACCGCAAUCUUUCUGUUGAGCAAGAUGAGUUCUGGUCUUUCAGUUUUGAUGAGAUGGCUAAGUUUGACCUUCCAGCAGUGCUAAACUUUAUUAUGCAGAAAACUGGACAAGAGCAGUUGUACUAUGUUGGCUAUUCACAGGGUGCCACUAUAGCUUUCAUUACAUUUUCAACAAUGCCCCAGCUGGCUAAAAGAAUCAAACUGUAUUUUGCCUUAGCCCCUGUAACUACAGUUAAAUAUGCCAGAAGCCCUGCAGUAAAACUCCUGUAUCUUCCUGAAAAGUUUCUCAGGGUCUUGCUUGGCAGAAGGGAAUUAUUUCACCAAAGUGAAUGGCUGAGAAAGCUAAUUGUUUCCUUUUGUGGCCGCAGCAUUUUUGCUAAGCUUUGUGGAAAUGUCUUCUUCAUUCUGGGAGGCUACAAUGUAAAUAACAUAAAUAUGAGUCGUGUCAAUGUAUAUGUAGCCCGAGCCCCAGCAGGAACAUCUGUACAAAAUGUAAUCCACUGGAGCCAGAUACUUAAUUCAGGGGAAUUCCAAGCUUAUAACUGGCGCAGUCAAACCAAGAAUAUGGUGAAAUUUGGUCAGGCCACCCCUCCUUUAUACAAGAUAAAAGAUAUGACAGUGCCAACUGCAAUAUGGACUGGUGGACAAGACUUGCUUGCAGACUUAAAGGAUGCUAAUGUUUUACUCCCUCAAAUUAUUAAUCUUGUUCAUUACAAAAACAUUCCUGAAUGGGCACAUCUGGAUUUCAUCUGGGGGCUGGAUGCGCCGCUGCGCAUGUACAAUGAAAUCAUUGACCUAAUGGAGAAGCAUCCAUAAACUGCAUAGAUUAGCCAUGCUUUAGGUUAAUGAUGGAUUCCACUGAUGAAGCUUGUUCUCUGUGUAUGGAAAGAGGCCUGUUUUCCUUUUUAUAAAAAAGUUAACCCUUCUGCUGACUGUAUUAUUUACUAUGAUUGGCUGUAUUUUCACUACAUUUGUUGUUGUCAUAUUUUCUAUCCUCCUGGUGAUUUUCAGUAACUACAGUAUCACCUCAGGAAACAAAGCUACAUUUCUCGAAGAAUCAUUUUAACUUCACUCCUGCUAUGGAAGGCAGAAGAGAGUCCA